AAUAAUUAUAAUUUUUUAUUGACAGAACCCAUGCCUGGGUAAUUUUUUACAACAUUAUCCCUUGCACUCACUUCUGUUCCGACUUUUCCUCUCCCUCACUCCACCCCCUCCCCCAGAUAGCAAGCAGUCCUAUACAUGUUAAAUAGGUUACAGUAUAUCCUAGAUACAAUAUAUGUGUGGAGAACCGAACAGUUCUCUUGUUGCACAGGAAGAAUUGGAUUCAGAAGGUAAAAAUAACCCAAGAAGAAAAACAAAAAUGCAAACAGUUUAUAUUCAUUUCCCAGUUCUUUCUUUGGGUGUAGCUGCUUCUGUCCAUCAUUGAUCAAUUGAAACUGAGUUAGAUCUCUUUGUCGAAGAAAUCCACUUCCAUCAGAAUAUAUCCUUAUACAGUAUUGUUGUUGAAAUAUAUAAUGAUCUCUUGGUUCUGCUCCUUUCACUUAGCAUCAUAGCACUUAGACAUGUAAGUCUCUCCAAAUUUCUCUGUAUUCAUCUUGCUGGUCAUUUCUUACAGAACAAUAAUAUUAUUUUUUCCUGUCAUCUUAGCCAAUCUGACAGGUGUGUAGUGGUAUCUCAGAGUUGUCUUAAUUUGCAUUUUUCUGAUCAAUAGUGAUUUGGAACACUCUUUCAUAUGAAUAGAAAUAGUUUUAAUUUCAUCAUCUGAAAAUUGUCUGUUCAUGUCACAAUGGCCAUUCUUUUUAGCAAAAGGUAGGUUUAUUUUGGAUAAGAGGUUACAAACAAAAUGAAGACAUACCAUCAACACCAUGAAGGGUAAAUAUGAACUAGAAUGGGAGGGCAAUAAAAGACAAGCUCCUUAGUGGAACUCACAACUAUCUAGUAGAAAAGGAGCACCUCAUGAGGUUAGGGCAUACCCUUAGCAGGCAAGCUAAAUCCUGAAAGGGAUUUAACACUUUAAAAGGGUUAGUUAACUAUAAGAAGGAAGAGGAGGGGGUUGAGAAGCAUAGUAAGGUUAGGAGAGACAACAUGUGGCAUAGCAGAGGGAGAAGGGGUGUGGCAUGACAGAGUGUCAUGCCAGACUGACCUAAAGGAGAACAGUGGCCAUGGCAUGGGACAUAAAUGGUUUUAUAGGGAAAUUUUAGCUUCAGGGACUUGACAUAACUUCAAUUUCUGACUGGAUUAUUUCCACAGAAGGUGGGACUACAUAACUAAACUGACUUCUUCCUGCCUGUACCAGGAAAUAAUUUUAUCAGUGCUUCAGUUUCUCUCUGCCUACCACAGAGACCAUACAGGAUCUUAUCACACAUGCCACUUUUUCCCUUCUAAUACUGCCACUACUAAAUUUCAGGCCUUUAAAACUUACAUUUAAACAAUUGCAGUAGCUUGCUACAAACGAGUCUCUCCCCAGUUCCGUUCUCCACUCAAAUGUCAAAAGUGAUCUUCCCAAAGCACUUGACAGCUUCCUUUCCACCUCCCCUUCCACCUCCCCCAGUCAAACUCUAUAGGCUCUCUAAUAACACACUCCAUUUCCCUACUCCUGAUCAUUUUCACUGACCAUCAGCCUUGCCUGAAAUACUCCCCUCCUCUUCUAGAUCUUUUUUCCUUUAAAAUCUAAAAUUCCACUCUCAAUAGGAAUCCUUUCCCAAUUACCCAUCAUUCUAAUGCCUUCCCUCUGUUGAAUAUUUCCAAUUUGUCCUGCAUAUAACUUCUUUAUAUACAGUUGUUUGCAUUUUGCCUCACCCAUUACACUGAACUCCUUGGGAGCAGACUGUGGUUUUGUUUUUGUUUUUUGCCUUUCGCUGUAUCCCCAGUGCUCAAAACAGGGGUUGGUAUAUAGCAAUCUCUUAAUAAAUGUUGACUGACUGAGUGCCUAAUUCCCAUCAUUCUUAUUAUUUUCCUGUCUUAAAUUUUAUUUUUUUAAUUAACAAAUAUUAGUUUCCUUUCCUCAUUAGAAAAAACAAAAUUCUUGUAACAAAUAUGUAUAAUCAAGCAAAAUACAUGAUCAAAUUCUCCCUAUCUUUUUAUCCCUUUCUCCUUCCUUUCCCCCUUCCUUUUCCUUUCCCUUCCAACCUUUUAAUCCUCUCCUUUUCGUUUUUCCUCCCUCCAUCCUUUUUUCCACCUUCUUCUUUCCAUCUCCCUUUUGUCCCGCCCCACUCCAGCCGUACCGUGGCCGGAAAUGAUCUCUUAGCCCUCCCCUUCCGGGAUGCUUGGUACCCUUACCUGUCCGAACCGUGGAGAUCACUGGGAAUUGUAGUUCUCGCGCCUGGUCCCUGGGGCGAGAACGCCUCCUUCGCUGUGACUUCUUCAGUCUGUAAGGCGGAGCAACAUGGCCGGAUUCUGGCUCCCGGCGGCCUUGCGGACCCUGCAGCGACUCGCGGUCUCCCGCACUCCCGGCCCGGGCAGAGGCUGGAUACCUGCCUUCAGCACAGCUGCCCAAAGUAGUGCUGGAGAGGACUGCAACUCUACUGACCCUCCGGCUGAGCCAGGCCCCUUAUUGGCAGAAGAAGCUCUGGAGCACAAAGCCCUUCGAUUGCAGAAAGAAGUCCGGGAUUUAACUGAAAGAUACCAGAAAGCUCUAGCUGAUUCUGAACAUGUACGGAGGCGUACACAGAAAUUUGUGGAAGAUGCCAAAAUAUUUGGGAUCCAGAGCUUCUGCAAAGAUUUGGUAGAGAUCGCAGAUAUCUUGGAGAAGGCCAUCAAACAUGGCUCUGGGGAAGCAGAGCCAGCAGACCAAAAGACAACCCUCAAUAAGGUCUUUGAAGGACUUUCCCUCCUCCAAGCUAAGCUACAGAAUGUGUUUGCUAAGCAUGGCCUGCAGAAAAUGACUCCCCUUGGUGACAAAUAUGAUCCAUAUGACCAUGAGAUCGUUUGUCACAUACCAGCUGAUGGAGUGCAGCCAGGCACAGUGACACUUGUUACCCAGGAUGGCUAUAAACUUCAUGGUCGAACCAUCAGACCUGCCCAAGUGGGUGUGGCUGUUGAGACACAGGAAUGAUGGGGUCUGGGACCAGAGUAAAUUAACAUUCUUCCUUUUUGUACAGAAAACAGUUCCUUGGGUUUCCUUUAUUUAUUACACAGAUUUGAAUUAUAAUUGGAAUGUUUUGCUUGAUCCAUUUUGAAUUUAAUGUAGUAGUGGAAAAAACAUAUUGUUGAUUUGGAUUAAGAGUCAGAAGAUACAUACUUUCAUUUCAAUUCUGUGAAUCAUAUUACUUCUGAGCUAUAAAAUGAGGGGUAUGCACUAAACAAAUUCUUUAAUUUCAUGGUCAUAUGAAUAUAAGUUCAAUAUUAUGACAUGUACUUGCUUUAAUGUAACCUUUGACUUCAUCAGAAAACCUCUCAUUGGGCCUUUUUUAAAAUGUAUAUUGGAGAAAGUUAUUUAUUAGUAACAUUAAUGAUGGUACACUGGUGUCUUUCAGCUGGAAAGAAAGAGCAAAGUAUAAUAUAAUAUAGUGUGUGUAAUCAAAUUUAAUUCUGUGAUAUGUUCCCCUCCUAUCCUUUCCCACUUCCCUAUAUUCUUUAAUAACAAUUCAAAAUUAUUUUAAUGGAAAGUGUAGUGGUCCUGUGUAGACAUAUUUGUUAUAUAUUCUGUCUCUUUUAUGUCACCUUUCACAUCUCCUUUCUUCUCCAUCUAUAAAAUUACAAGCCUUCCUAAACUGACUAAUGCCAUUUUUUUGGUCAGUUUGCAGGAUAUAAAGUGAAACCUCAGGUUACUCCAGGUCUUUCAGAAGUUAAUAAUUAUAACUAUCUUGGAAAAGGUUGCAGAUGGUUUUUUUUUUUUUUUUCAUUUUACUGGAUGAGUUAAGAUGCAGAAGGUAAACUUUAUAUAUAGUCCACAUCACUACCAGAGAAAAUGUGGAUUCAGUCCCUGAAAAUAUUCCAGCCAUGCUAAAAACCUGUUAACACAGUUGAGGAAUGGGAAUGUAAAAGUUGGAAGGGACCUGAGAAGACAAUUAUUCCAACUCCUACUUGAGACAUGAAUCACUUGUUCACUAGGUAAUUAUGCGUUCUCUAUUGAAUGUUUCCAAUUACUUGGAACUCAUCUCCUUACUAUUAGAAGUGUCCUAAAACAGAGUGGGCUACUUCAUAGUAAUAAUUCAAGCAAAGACUAGGUGGCCUUGGAAUUUUUCAGGCAGAUCAUAUACAACCACUAUUGGGAAUAUUGUAAGGGAGUUUGAGGGUUGGGCUAAAUGCCCUCUAAGGCUCCUUUUACUUUUAAGACUCUAGGUGCUUUAUUUGGAAAUAAGUUUCCUACUUGAACUUCACUUACUCUGGUUGUUUCUUGAACCUGUCCUUUUUCUGACAAUUUCUCUUCUGUCACUAAAAAACAAAAGUAGAUAAUCAAUUACAAGCCUUCUACAUUAGGCCAUGUAAUAAAAUCUCUAUUCAUGGUAGAUGUAUCAAAUGAGCCUAAUUGUAGGGUUAUGGUUUUCAUUUCUUCAACUUAGUAGACUGUUUAUGGCUAAAAGUAGUUUGUUGCAAAAUUGGGUCCCAAGCAGCUUAUUUUUUAUGUAGUUUGUUUUUUCUUAAGGAUAUUAGAUUGGUAAUGCUAGUAACUCAGAUUGAACAGUUUUGAUCCUCAAUCUUUAAAUCUGUUCUUUAUGCCAGUGGUGGUUAUAGUGUUUUCUAUGAGUUUUUGAGCAUAUGACCCCUGGCCAGCUAAGCCUUUUCUACUGGAUAGGUCAUAUCCACAAUAUGCUUAAAGAAUCAUGGAUGUUUCUGAACUGAAAGGGCCCUAAAGCACAUCCAAAUUCCUCAUUUUCUAGAUGAGCAAAUUAUGGCCAAGAAAAGUGAAGUGACUUGCAUAAAGUUAAAUAGCUAAUGAGCAGUGGAACCCAAGAUGUGGGCUCAGGUCUUCUGGUUUUUCCGUGAUACCAUUGUUGCCUUUGUUCUGUCUUUACAUACAGAUUUCAUCAUCUUUUUUUUUCUUCUAAUAAUAGGUUUUUAUUUUUCCAAAUACAUGCAAAGAUGAUUUUCAGUAUUCACCCUUGCAAAACUUUGUGUUCCAAUUUUUUCUUCCUCCCUCCAUAUCUCCUUCCUCCCCUAGAUAGCAAGUAAUCCAAUAUAGGUUAAAUAUGUGCAAUUCUUCUAAACAUACUUCCAUAUUUAUUUUGCUAUACAAGAAAAAUCAAUUAAAAAGGAAAAAUAAAAUAUUAUCUUUUAUGGCAUGAAAACCUAAUUUUUAAAAAUUAUGCUGAAAGUAGAAGGGUAUAGUGGUUAAAAAUAAGCAGAAAAACAAACAACAGUUUGGAAGGUUAGCAGAUUUGAGUUCCAUUCUGGCUUUAGCAUUAAUUUUCUGAGUAACCAUUGGUGAAUCACUCCUAAUUUUGACCUCAGCUUUCUCUCUGUGAAAAGGAGUUUAAUUGUUAAAUACCCUUCUACUUUAAAUUGACUUGAUUUUAGAUUUCCCCUUCUUAAGUGAAUUUGGAAUCAUAAAUCAGCAUCCUGUAUUCUUUCUCCUGUAACAAUCUUUUUCUCUUUAUGAUUUAGCAACUUGAAGAGAAUGCUUCUAUGCCUUAGGGAACUAGCUACAGAGAGCUGAACUGUGUAAUCUUCACUUAUAGCCAAGGAUUUAUUUUGUAAAAUGAAAUUUUCUUGCUUGUUUAUGUUUUUGUUUUGCUAUAAUUUUGCUUUUUUUCCUCUUUUUUUUAACUCUAUGUGUAUUUUUUUGUUUCAAAUGUGUUAUAAGCAACAUUAUUGAAUACUGAUUUGUAUUUUUUUUGUUUGUUUUUUUGUUUGUUUUUCUCUAAAAUUAGAGACAGAGGUGAGAGAAUGGGAUUCUGAUUAAUGAGGGUUUAGUUUACAAGCUUUCAAUGUCAAUAGAAUUGAAGUGGUCCCUUCCAAGAUUUAUGAACUUUUUUUGAACAGAACUUGAACAGAAAUUUAUACUUUAAUCCUAUAGAAGAAAAAACAUUUUAUAAAUUUCUUAAUUAUUACCAUAACAUUGAUAACCUUUUUGACCUCAGUGUGAAAAUUGCUCUAAGAAAAUAGCAAGAGAGAAAGGAUGCUAUGGAAUUGAGAAGUUGGAUUCUUAACACUCUUUCCCUUCUGAUAAUGAUGUCCUCAUAUUGAGCAUGCCCCAUAAUUGGAUGUAUUUAAAAUAAUUUGUAUAGCCAACAUUAGAUUUCAUGCUAAAGAAUUUUCUUCUCCAUUGACACUGAUGAUUAUUAUCAUGGAAUAAGUGAGGCAGAAUCUAACAGUGAAAAUCAAGGCAUUGAAUGUACUCAGAAUAUCCUGAAUAAAAUCCUUACCUUUAAAUAAUUUUGGUAUUAAUUCAGUACCUGAAGCUACUUUGAUUACUAUGUUUUUUAAAAAAUAAAUUUUAUUUUUGUUGA